AUGGCAUACAAGAAAAGGGCUUUUAAACCAAGUGGAACAACAAAAUGCUUAAAGGAUUUCCCGACAUUCAUCUUGAACCUACCUAGCUACAACCCUUCCAUCCUUUCUACCCAUGCGACCGCACUAAUCACAGGUGGUUCCAGUGGGCUUGGAUUAGAAAUUGCCAAGGUGCUUGCCAAAAGAGCCGAUAAAGUCAUUAUAGCUGAUAUUCAACCAUUUCCUGCAAUUUAUCAAAAAGAGUUCAAGAAUAUUUUCUUUUACAAAUGUGAUAUAUCAAGUUUAGAUGAUAUCCAAAACUUAAAAAGAGCAAUUGAUAGAGAUCAUGGCAACGUGGAUAUUCUCAUAAAUAAUGCAGGUAUAGCACAUAUCAAAAUGCUAGAAAAGAUGUCAAAUAAUGAUGUGAAACAAUUAAUUGACAUCAACUUAAUAGGCGCUUAUAGAGUCAUUCAUACAUUUGCUCCAGAUAUGAUAAACAACGGAGAAGGCUUUAUAAUUGAUAUUGCUUCUGUUCUAGGGGAACUAACACCUGCAAGGCUGACAUCGUAUGGUGCAUCGAAAGGCGCGAUGAUUGGUUUGCAUAAGAGCAUGUGCAAGCAUUUCGAAAAUUUACCUACAAAACGCAAUAAACUUGGAAUAAAAACGUUACUAGUAUGUCCUGGAAAAAUUGGAACAGCCAUGUUUAUAGAUGUUCCUACACCAUCCAAAUUGUUGGCCCCCGACAUUGUACCUUCAGAGCUGGCGUUCGCAAUUAUUUCUGCAAUGGAACACAACCAGUUGCAAAUACUAAACGCUCCUUAUUAUGUUAACCUGGUUCCCUUUUUUAAAUCUUUAAGCUGGCCUUACAAACGCCUCUUAAAACAUUUAAGCGGAAUGGACCACGUAACGUCCAUCCAACGGAUGACUAAGGCUCUGAAAACAGGUGCAUAG